UCGCGACUGACUGCCGAUUUUUGCCUUCUUGGAGCGACCUAAGGAUGGCUAACCGCGAGAGCAGCCGGUCGCCCAAGGCCGAGGCCUAUGACGAGACGUCCGGCUCAUCGGUAGUCGCCAAGGACGACGGGAACGAUGCUGCGCGGCCGCAACCCCGACUGCAGCUGGCGCUGCAAUGGCCGCCACCCAGCGACCAUGACGAAGCGGUCUGGUCGGCUCUGCUCGACUUGGCGCCGCCGCCACCGUCGUUUGCGGGUCCGCCCGCCGCCACCAAGGCAUCCCGCGCUCGCAGUAAGUUAUCGCCGCCCAAGGAGAUCCACGGCCAGUGCCUCGCCGCGCAGUGCAGCACCGCCAUCACGUACCGAGGCUUUUGCAAGGCGCAUGGCGGCACUCGGCGCUGCAGCGUUGCCUACUGCCCGAAGAAUCCGCAAGGCGGUCGGUACUGCAUCGCCCACGGCGGUGGCAAGCGCUGCAAGGCAGACGACUGCGUCCGCCCGGUGCAAUCGCGCGGCCUCUGCAAAGCGCAUGGCGGCGGCACGCGCUGCAAGGCGGACGAGUGCGACAAGAGCGCGCAAAGUGGCGGCUACUGCCGCGCCCACGGCGGCAUUCGCAUUUGCGCGGUCGCCGGCUGCCCGAACGGAGUUCAGCGACACGGCAAAUGCGCCAAGCACGACGGUGGACGCCUCUGCAGCGCGGCAGACUGUACGCGCACCGACCGCGGCGGCGGUCUCUGCGACUUGCACCGGCGACGCAGCGUGUGCUCGGUUGUUGGCUGCAAAAAGCUCCUGGCCGCGACCACUGUCCAAACCGACGUGCCCGAACGCUACUGCAUCGCGCACAAGAAGGCUCUGGCGGCUGCUACGGACGAUGCAUCGACCAAAGCAAGCGCCUAAUCAACAUGAUAUGCGUGACGCGCUGGUUCUCGUCGUCUCCGG